UUUAACUGAAUCAGAAACAAUGCAUAUAACCUCUGCUAUUUUACCGUUUCCCUCUUUCCACCCUCUGUCUCUCCUACCCUGGAUCUCGCACCCUCCCCUCCCUUCCCUCCUCUUUGCAUCUUCCAAUGACUCACACGUUCCCCCUCCCCCCUGGUGUCAUACGUUUUCACCCCCACCCCUUCUGCCUGCUCUCCGUCUCUCAUUCGCCCACAUUCGCUCACUUUCUCCACCAGGCUUCAAACUCGCUGCAGUCUCUGUCACUGACUGGAACAGCACAGAAAUUGCACUGUCUUCUGGUCUGGAACAGGUUGACAGUAGAAUCAUACAUAGGAUGUCCAUAGUAAAUAUUUUUGCCAGGGAGAUCCUGGACUCCAGAGGAAACCCAACUGUUGAAGUAGAUCUGCAUACAGACAAAGGUCUUUUCAGAGCUGCAGUCCCCAGCGGUGCAUCCACUGGGAUCUAUGAGGCCCUUGAGCUCCGAGAUGGAGACAAAACACGUUACAAGGGCAAAGGUGUGACAAAGGCUGUUGGUCAUAUUAAUGACACCAUUGCACCAGCCCUCAUCCAGUCGGGGAUCAGUGUGCUCGACCAGGACAAACUGGACAAUAUGAUGCUUGAAAUGGAUGGCACUGAGAAUAAAUCAAAGUUUGGGGCCAAUGCUAUUCUAGGAGUGUCACUGGCCAUAUGCAAAGCUGGCGCAGCAGAAAAGGGUGUCCCCUUGUACCGUCAUAUUGCUGAUCUGGCAGGAAACAGAGAGCUGGUCCUUCCAGUUCCUGCAUUUAAUGUGAUCAAUGGUGGCUCCCAUGCUGGAAACAGGUUGGCUAUGCAGGAGUUUAUGGUACUUCCUGUUGGGGCGGAGUCUUUUCGUGAUGCUCUACGAGUGGGGGCGGAGCUUUACCAGACACUGAGAAAUGUCAUCAAGGAGAAGUAUGGUCAGGAUGCUACAAACGUUGGAGAUGAGGGAGGAUUUGCCCCCAAUAUACAGGAAAACAGUGAAGCCUUGGAGCUGAUUAAGAUUGCCAUAGAAAAGGCAGGCUUCACAGACAAAGUGGUGAUCGGGAUGGAUGUGGCUGCUUCAGAGUUUUUCAUUGAGGGCAAGUACGACCUGGACUUCAAAUCUCCACCUAAUGCUGCCCGCAACAUCAGUGCUGAAGAGCUGGCCAAUAUCUACCAGGGCUUCAUCAACAACUACCCAGUGGUGUCCAUUGAAGAUCCAUUUGACCAAGAUGACUGGCCAGCUUGGACGCAAUUUACAUCUUCUGUGGGAAUUCAGGUGGUUGGCGAUGAUCUGACGGUCACUAACCCACGCAGGAUAGAACGAGCUGUGGAGGAAAAGGCCUGUAAUUGUCUACUGCUGAAAGUCAACCAGAUUGGCUCUGUCACAGAGGCCAUCAAGGCGUGUAAAUUGGCUCAAGAGAAUGGCUGGGGUGUGAUGGUGAGCCACCGCUCAGGAGAAACUGAGGACACUUUUAUAGCUGACCUGGUGGUCGGCCUCUGCACUGGACAGAUUAAAACUGGAGCUCCCUGUCGAUCAGAACGUCUGGCUAAAUACAAUCAGCUCAUGAGGAUUGAGGAAGAGUUGGGUGAUCAAGCCCGCUUUGCUGGACACAACUUUCGCAACCCCAGUGCCAUCUGAGUGUUAAUGCAGAUAGCAGAGGUAUCAAGAAAACGUAUAUAGUCAAACCUUAUUCUCAUUCCCUCACUGAUACUCACCUUUUUGUGUAAAGCUCUAAACAAACAAAUACAUUAAGACUAACAAGUUUUCAAGCAGCCUAAAUGCGCAGAUAAUGCACUGCAGUUACAGUCUGUUGACUUCAAGCUUCAGCAGGUGAUUGAUUUAACUGACUACAGCUAAUCACAGUAAAGCCUGGUGGAAAAUAUCAGUGUUUCACUUCUCAGCACAGACAAGCACUUCACCUGAUGCUCUUGUUGGUUUCCCACACUUUCAUUUCCUGACUUGUCUCCUUUUGACCUACUGCGAAGUGUUUUGAUCUUCUGUGUCCUGUUGUUUCCUCUGCCUCCUGUGUUUCUCUGGUCCUUACUGAUGUAAACUCACAGUGUGAUACAACGUUGUGUCUGGUAUUUUGUCAGUCUGAAGUUGAGCUCAAUAAAAAAGAUGGAUAUAUGUGAACUCUAA